AUGUCGAUCCCACCCGAAGCUUUGCAGAAGCUCCUGCAAGAGAUUGAAACCCGUGCCAUCGCCUCACAACAGCAAAUCGGCAUCACCAAGGCCCAACUCACUGCCAAGCAACGUGAUAUCCGCAUGCUACAACUGACAUCGAAGGAACUGUCAGAGCUUCCCUCCGAGACCAGAGUGUACGAGGGUGUAGGCAAGAUGUUCGUCAAUGUGCCCAUCAACACCGUUAACAAACGUCUUACCCGCGAGAGCGCCGAGUCUACAUCCGAUAUCUCCAAUCUGGAGAAGAAACUGCACUACCACGAGACUACGCAUAAGAACAGCCGGGAGAACUUUGAGCAGAUCCUCAAGUCUGGAGGGAGGUCGUGA